UGGGUGGCACAGCCUGUGCCAAGGGAUGGCAAGGUGCCUGCAGGCCCCAUCUCUGGGGGAAACAGAGAAUGUCCUGGCCGUAUCCAGCGAGCUGCCAGCUCAGCAGUGGAGCACAGCACGGGCUCACGCUCCCCAUUGCUCCCACAGAAGCACUUGGCAAGUCAGAUGCAGAUGCUGAGAAUCCACCGAGCACCCCAAGAGUUUUCUGCCCCCAGGAUGUGCGCAGGACCUGCAUGAUAGGCACAGUAGUGACACUGUUCACUGUGCCACUUGCCAUGGUCCUGUGCUAUGUCGGGUUCCGGUGGUGGAAGGGAAGAAAACAUCGCCCUGCUGCAGCUCCAGCACCCUGGCCAAGAAGGCGCCACUCUCCGUCGCCCCCAGGGAGCCCAAGGACCGUCCGGUUUGACAGCUCUCAGACAUGGCCUCAGCGGCAGCAGUCACCCAGGAAGGCAGAACACCAGCCCUCCGUGCCUCCCCCACGGCCCCCCAGCCCAGCUAUGAAGCGGAAGCCCCCCGAGAUCCCCCCACCUCCACCCCUGCCGAGCCAGCCGCCCUGGUCCAGCUAGGAAUGAAACUGGGCCAGCCACUCAGGACUUGGGCUACCAACAGCUCUUCUCCACCAAUAACACGUGUUACCUCUGGGUAACAUCCAGAGGCAGUUUUCAUACUGUUGUACCUUCAACAGGAAGGGCUGAAGAUUCUUCCCAUGCCCUGUCUCAUCCUUUGCUGUUUUGAUUUUCAUACAGCUGGGUGCCGGCUGAAUCUCUUCAAAGAAUAUUUUUAGCACUGCAUGUUUUACCCCACCUAUUGGGGAAAAAAAAUAAAAAAAUUCUUCCGUUUAGACUUCGUUUUUAGUGUGGUUGACCACUCACAUUUUGAGCAAUUAAUAUUCCAUGGUACCUCUUCCCAUUUCCUUACUAUCUAUAAAAAGUUCAUCUGAACAUGAAAAUCACCACUAU